UAACCUUGCUCAAUGCUCAUGAUAGACACCGUUUACUACCUGUCUCACAUCAGGCGAAUUGUAUGAAAAACACUUGUCGUAGUAGAUUUAUCAGGAUGAAGAUUGAUAUUCAUAAUCACAUUUUACCCAAGGAAUGGCCCAAUCUGAAAGAGAGAUAUGGAUAUGAUGGAUUUAUCCAGCUUCACCAUCACUGCAAGGGGGAAGCAAAAAUGAUGAAAGACGGGAAGUUGUUCCGUGUGAUCCAGGAGAACUGUUGGGAUGCAGACGCAAGGAUACGGGACAUGGAUGCACACGGGGUGACGGUCCAAGCCUUGUCCACAGUGCCUGUCAUGUUUAACUACUGGGCCAAACCUCAUGACACCUUGGACCUGUGUGGGAUCCUGAAUGACGACCUGGCUAAGACAGUGGCGCUCCACCCCCGACGCUUCGUGGGGCUGGGUACCCUGCCCAUGCAGGCUCCUGAUCUGGCUGUGCUGGAGAUGAAGCGUUGUGUUAGGGAGCUGGGCUUCCCUGGUGUCCAGAUCGGCUCCCAUAUUAACACCUGGGAUCUUAACGCCCCCGAACUCUACCCAAUCUAUGCUGCUGCUGAGGAAAUGAACUGUUCCUUGUUUGUACACCCAUGGGACAUGCAGAUCGAUGGGAGGAUGGCCAAGUACUGGCUCCCCUGGUUAGUGGGUAUGCCAUCCGAGACUACCAUGGCCAUUUGCUCAAUGAUCUUCGGAGGUGUCUUUGAGAGAUUUCCCAAGCUGAAGGUCUGCUUUGCUCAUGGAGGGGGUUCUUUCCCGUUCACUAUUGGCCGAAUUGAACAUGGGUUCCAGGUCCGACCUGACCUCUGUGCUGUGGAUAACAAAGUCAACCCACGGAAAUACCUGGGCUCCUUCUACACUGACUCCUUAGUGCAUGACCCCAUCGCCCUCAAGCUACUUAUUGAUGUGAUUGGAAAGGAUAAGGUGAUGUUAGGAACAGACUAUCCAUUCCCACUGGGUGAGCUGCAGCCAGGAGCAUUAAUAGAGUCCACGAAGGAGUUUGAUGGUGGUUUAAAGGACAAACUGCUUGCAGGCAAUGCACUGGACUUUUUGGGGAUUAAAAGAGAACAAUUUCAGUGAUUUACAGCAUGAAGAAAUUGUCAAAACAAAAAUGGAAAACAAUGUUUGACUUUCAAAUUACUCUUGAGUAUUGGCAGGACCAUAAAACAAAUACAACCUAUUGCGUGACCAAAAUGUAAAUAUUUAAAUAUGAAGAUAUUUUUCAUCUAUUUAGCUAAUUUAUCAUGAUUUUUGUUUACACUGUUGGAAGUCAUCUGUGGUCAACACUCUUUUUGCUGUUUAUGACUAAAUAAAAUUGAAUGUUCAUUUCAAACA